AUGCCCGAACAUGAGAUGCAAACAGCAGAGCUGCAUGAGCAGGUUGUGGAGCAGGAGCUUGCGAACAGGGAAAAGACCUCAGUCAACCCUGACAAGGUCAACCUCGACCUGGGCUUUGCGCAACCGGUUGCAGAUGAGAAGAAAGCCAUUGAGUCUCCUGUGUACGACUCGGAGACCGCUUACUCGGACACUCCUGAUGACGAAGAGCCAAAUGAGCACGAAAAAGUUGUUUUGAGAAGAAUUGGCGAAAGUCUGCCAGUCGCAGCAUGGCUGGUCGCCAUUGUCGAGCUUUCUGAGCGCUUCACAUACUACGGUUGCCAAGGUCUAUUCCAAAACUACAUCCAGAAACCACUGGAUGGAAGUCUGGGACGAGGUGCAUUAGGACAGGGUCACCAAACUGCCACUGCUUUAACGACGUUUUUCUCGCUUUGGUGUUACGUGACUCCAAUCUUCGGUGCCAUUGUUGCCGAUCAGUACCUAGGCAAAUAUUGGACCAUCGUCUGGUUUGGAUGUGUCUAUGUCGUUGGUCUUCUCAUCCUAUGGGUAACGGCUCUACCUGCAUCCCUCGCAAAUGGCGCAGGAAUGGGUGGUUUCAUUGCAGCUAUUCUAAUUAUCGGUAUUGGAACCGGUGGUAUUAAAUCAAACGUCGCUCCUUUGAUUGCAGAUCAAUACACCCGGAAGAAGAUGGCCGUCAAGACUCUCGUCAAGACUGGCGAGCGAGUCAUCAUCGACCCUGCCGUCACGAUCCAAAGAAUCUAUCUAGUAUUCUAUUGCUGUAUCAACCUGGGAUCGCUGUCCCUGAUUGCUACGCCUUAUAUGGAGCGUGAUGUUGGAUUCUGGUCCGCUUUCCUGAUGUGUUUCUGCAUGAUGAUUGUAGGACUCAUUGUCGUGGUCCUAGGCCGGAAGUUCUAUAUCGUGCGACCACCUCAGGGCUCCGUCAUCACCAACGCCUUCAAGGCCAUCGGCAUUAUGAUCAAGAACCGCAACAUGAAUGCACCCAAGCCAUCCUACCAAGAGGAAUUUGGCCGCACAGGCGCGGUAUACCCAUGGGACGAUCUAUUCAUCGACGAGCUGAAGCGUGCACUGGUUGCUUGCCGUGUCUUCCUCUUCUACCCCAUCUACUGGUUGGUGUAUGGUCAGUUCUCCGGAAACUUCGUCUCGCAGGCCGGGCAGAUGCGUCUCCAUGGCAUCCCCAACGACUUGCCGCAGAACUUCGACCCGAUCUCUAUCCUCUUCUUCGCACCUAUCAUGGAUCGUCUGGUAUACCCCCUGUUACAGAAACAUCACAUCAAGUUCCGUCCCAUCGCCCGUAUCACCUUUGGCUUCAUCAUUGCCUCGACAUCUAUGCUUUACGCAGGCGUUCUGCAACAUUUCAUCUACAAACAGGGGCCAUGUUAUGACAAGCCGCUUUGCGAUGCUAGUCUUGUCAACGGCGUGAAUAUCGGAAACAAUAUCCACAUCGCGAUCCAAGUCCCAGCAUACAUGCUCAUCGGUAUCUCCGAGAUCUUCGCGUCCGUCACAGGUCUCGAAUACGCAUACAUGAAGGCUCCUCCUAGCAUGAAGUCUUUUGUGCAAUCCAUGUACCUGCUCACCAACGCCUUCGGGUACGCUUUGGGAGAGGCGUUUACGCCGCUUGUGGGUGAUCCACAAGUCGAGUGGUUGUUCGUGGGUCUUUGUGUGGGCAGUUUCUGCGUAGGUGUGGUAUUCUGGAUCUUGUAUCGUUCGUUAGACAAGUUAGAGGACGAGAUGAAUAGUUUAGAUGCGAAGCAUGACGAGCUGGAGCACAAGCAUGAGCUAGAGGCAACGGGUGUGGAUAUGCCUGUUAGUGGGGAUGCCCACAGGGUUAAUCAAAAGGCCGAGUAG